AUGAUAAAUAUUCAAACGAUUUCUAGUAUAUUCCUGAUUUUUUAUAAUAUAAAUAAAACUUUAUCAUGUCCGCCACAGCCCAACGGAAAUUGUUACUAUGGGCAAUAUCAAUUAAGUACAAUGAGUGGUGGUUUUCAAAAUCAGGCAUGUGGAACGGCAAUCAAUCGCGAUUGGUGUACUGUGUCCUAUAUGCCGGCUACACAACAGGCCAACUUUGGAUGCGCAAGCAAUUUUCCUAUUCGUAUUGGAGGGGCUAUAUGUGGUGAUGGUCCUGGCUUCAUCAAUUCACAAGGAUGCAGCAUGGUCAAUACGGAGAACGGGCCAUGCUAUUUUUGUUGUUGUAAAGGAGGAAGCUGCAAUCAUCCUCAAGUGUUUGCUCGCGAAGCCUCCAAGCUGCCAAUUAAUCAAAUUCCUACUUACCAAGGAUCCUCAAACGGCCAAUCUGCUCCGAACUACUAUCCCAUACCCUGGUAUAAUACAUCAGCAAAAACAGCCAAUCCAUUAUUCGUGGUAGUAAUAGUGUUAUUAAUUCUUGCUGUCAUUUCGUAUUCACAGUAA